AGCUUCACACGCGGGGCCAUGCUGGUGCCCAGCGGGCGCGCAGCAGCUGUCCUGCCGCUGCCCAUCCGCGCAGUUCGGCGGCCUUUUGGCGCAGCUCCUGCGGCCAGCGCGUGCUUUGCCGGCGCCGGGCUUCGCCUCCAGAUCUUCGGCCAGGCUCGCCGCGGUUUGGCCUUCAGCGCCCGGAGAUCGUGCGCGAUGGAGAGCGGCCUCGUCUCCUGCGAAUGGCUCAAGGCAGAGUUGGACGCGCCUUCGGGGCCGCUGAAGAUCGUGGAAGCCACCUGGUACCUUCCAAAUUCCCCUUUCGCAGCUCCAGAGGGCUCCAGCCCGCAGGCAGAGUACACCAAGGGGCCCCGCCUGCCGGGGGCUCAAUUCUUCGACAUCGACGGGGUGGCGGCGGACUCAAGUCUGCCGCACAUGCUGCCGGACGAGGAGCGGUUCAGUGCGGCCAUGGCAGCACUGGGCAUAGAGCCAGGUACCCGGGUUGUCGCCUAUGAUCGCCUGGGCUUGUUUUCCUCGCCCCGCUUCUGGUAUACCCUGAAGGUCGCCUUCGGCCACCCUGCCCCAGUGGCAGUGCUGGAUGGAGGGCUGCCUAGGUGGAAGGAGUUAGGCUUCCCCUUAGAGGAGGCGGCACCCAAUAUGCCGCCGCCUGCAAAGCCUGCUCGCUGGAGCAAAGUUGCCUCUGCAGUUUGGGACAAGUCGCAGGUAUUAGAGAACGUCUCCUCGGCUUCGGCGCUGCACCUGGACGCCCGGCCCAAGCCCCGCUUCGAUGGGCUCGCGCCGGAGCCGCGGCCCAAGAUGCGGUCGGGCCACGCGCCCAACUCGCGGUCUCUGCCGGCCACGCAGCUGCUCAACGGCUCGUCGAUGCUGCCGCCUGAGGAGCUUCUCAAGGUGGUGCAGGCAGCAGGAAUAAAGCCUGAGCAGCUGAGAGACAGGAGCGGUCCUGACCUCCUGCGGCUCCGGGCUCACAGCCUGCAUCGUGGGCCUGGCGCUGCACCGUGUUGGCAUGCCGCUUUCGUCCUGGGCCGUGUACGAUGGCAGCUGGGCCGAGUGGGGCGCCUGCCAGGACACUCCGAUUGUCAAGCUCGGGGCCGACGGUGGUGAGGAGGUGGUGCCACCAAGCGAAUGACCGCGACAUCUGUAGGGAGCCUAGGUAUGGUGG